AUGUGUGAUAUUGGGGACGGGGGAGAUGAAACACCAGGAAAACGAUGUUCAUCAGCCAGUACCUGCACAGGCAACGGGUACACAGGUCAAUGCCCCUCCGGUUCACCUCAAGUCUGUACCUGUGAUAAGAAUUUUGUUGCGCGAGGAGAAACCUGCAGUCUUGUGAAGCCCACGAUUACCCGUGAUCCAUCUGGAACCAUUUUUGGUGAAGGCGGUGACUACACUCUCUCGUGUGAAACUGGAUCAGCUGACGUCACUGGCGUGACCUUCGUCUGGAAAAAAAACGGAGUUGAUACGGCUAUCACUAAAUCGUAUACAAUUACUGGAGCAUCAGCAGCCACACAUGAUGGUAACUAUACCUGCACCAUCACGUACAGCGGGGUCUCAAGCACAAGCGAUGCGUUAGAUGUAACCAUCGAAGCUCCAGGCAAACGAUGUACACAAGACACUAACUGUCUAUUCAAAGAAUAUGCAGGAAUAUGUUCUUUGACAUCACCAAGAAUCUGCGAUUGCUUGUCUCAUUACAAGUUGAAAGGCGAAGCGUGUGUCUUUAUAACGCCAUCAAUCAGCCGUGUGACUGCUGGCGAUGUGUAUGCUGAAGGAGGCGAUUACGCCCUUAUUUGCAACACUGAUUCGAGUAUAAAUACGGGCAUGACAUACGUUUGGAGCAAAGACGGUAAUGAUACUACUAUUGUAUCUGAAACUUACACCAUAACUGGAGUAACAGCAGCCAAAGAUGGUGGAAGCUACACCUGCACAAUUACCUACAAUGGAGAUUCAUCGACAAGUCUUUCGUUUCCUGUUACAGUUUCAGCUCCAGGUAAACGGUGUACAACAAACACUGACUGUACAGGCAAUGGGUACACAGGAACAUGUACCACAACAACACUAAAAUUCUGCUCGUGCACAGCUCAUUACAAGCUGAUUGGCGAAUCGUGUGUCUUUGUUAAACCAACAAUUAUCAGAAUGACUGCUGGCUCUAUAUAUGGUGAAGGUGGUGACUACAUUCUAAUGUGUGAUAUUGGUUCAAGUAAUACCACAGGAGUGACAUUCCUUUGGAAAAAUACCGAGUUCAAGACAAUAAGCAGAGGUGGCUGGAUAGCUGGGGCCAGCAACCCAUCUAGGAGAGGAAACUCAAACCUCAAACAGAAGCAACAAAUAUACCUACACCAACAUAAAAGCAUUACUAUAAUAUUCAUGAAAUAUAAUUAA